GAGAAGCGGAGGCACGAAGUCAGCUCUUGGCUGCACAUGCACAGAACCAGCUGAAACUGUGCCUUUCUCUGGAACACAUUUAUACAGCUUUUAUUUUCAAGUGUUUUUACCCAUUUCAUAUCUUUCUGUGUUUUAAAAGGGGGAUAUUAAUCCUGAUAUUUGCCUUCUCCCAGUCUUCAUGGCUUUACCUGAUACCGCACGUGGAUUACCAAAUGGUGGAGGUGGUGGUGGAGCUUGUAUGGGAAACAAAUCUUCUGAUCCACUGUUUCCAGAGAUUGUGGAACUAAAUGUUGGGGGACAAGUCUAUGUGACCCGUCAUACUACUCUUGUAUCAGUACCAGAUUCCCUCUUGUGGCACAUGUUUUCUCAACAGAAACCAGGAGAGCUGGCCCGGGACAGUAAAGGGCGCUUUUUUUUAGACCGGGAUGGUUUCUUAUUUCGUUAUGUGCUGGAUUACCUACGAGACCUGCAGCUGGUACUACCAGAUUACUUUCCUGAGAGAAGCCGUUUACAGAGAGAAGCAGAGCACUUUCUGCUACCUGAACUGGUGAAGCGUUUGAAUCCUCUGCGAGUCAGUAAAGAGAGCUCUAUUGGGGGAGAAGAACCACCUUUACUUCUAACCCCUGCAGCUAUACAAGAUCUUGACCCAGAGUCAGCUGUUAUCCCAGCCUCCACAUCUCCAGCAGCCGGGGUUCCAUCCCCUACAUUAGAUCCAUAUAGAUUCAAUGCCUCCUCAUCAUGCAGCCCAGCCUCAGUUCCACGCCUCACACCUUCUCUGUCUUUGGAAGGAAGAAGAUCUGGGUACAUAACUGUUGGCUAUAGAGGGUCUUAUACUAUAGGACGGGAGGCUCAAGCUGAUGCCAAGUUUAGGAGGGUGGCUCGCAUCACAGUGUGUGGCAAAACUUCCUUGGCCAAGGAAGUUUUUGGAGAGACAUUAAAUGAAAGCCGAGAUCCCGACAGGCCACCAGAGAGGUACACUUCCAGGUAUUACCUCAAGUUCAACUUCCUGGAACAAGCCUUCGACAAGUUGUCUGAAUCUGGCUUCCACAUGGUGGCAUGUAGUUCCACUGGAACGUGUGCCUUCGCCAGCAAUGACCAGAGUGAGGAUAAAGUCUGGACAAGCUACACCGAGUAUGUCUUCUGCAGGGACUAAAACUUUGCCAUAGACUGAGAAAUGCAAAGAAAGAAAAAGUGUCACACCCAUUUAAUCUUCUGAUCCCAAAAAAGAAGGUAAUUCUUCCUCAUAUCGAAUAAAGACUAAACAACGGCACAUGUGAACUGCUACAUUGUUAUUUUUAUUUCAAAUAUAUAUGCUUGGUCUGAACAGAGAGAACAUUUGGUAACUAAACAAUGCAACAGAUUGAACAGAUUUCAACAGUUCUGGCUUAGGUAUGUUUCUAGCACUCUGUGUAAUACCACUCUGUUAUAGAACUUUGACAUCCCUUUAUUAAUGUUGUGUACUUGGUAGUAAACAGCUUUUACCAACUUCCUUUUAGUAUUGCCAGAUAACCCAUGUGAUCGGAAUAUUUGUCAGUUAAGGGAAGUAUAAAAGAAUUUGAAGCUUGAUGCUCUUAUCUGCCGCUUUAAAGCAUUUCAAAGUGUUUUUUCAAUGCUAUGCAGAAGCAUUUAUUCAUAUAUUAAUACACCCUCAAAUAAAUAUACUUACAAUAAUUAUUUUGAAAUAACCAAAAACACACUGUAUGUAAAAAAAAUUUUUAUAAAAUGAUAAAAUGAAAAUAAGGAGCAAAAUAGCAUUUCACAUUCUCUUUUAUGCUCAGUCACUUCUAAAAUGUACUCUCUAUGUGAUACUAUUCAAGGCAAAAGAUGAACUUUAUUUUAUAUGGUCACUUUAACCGUGGUCUCUUCUUACAGAAAGGAAAUGAAUCUUAAUUCAAGUUGUAUUACUCUUCCUGAAGAAUAUAAACAUUUUUACUAACUGGCCUCGACUAGACACCUCCUUCCUUUCUUUUAAAAUGUUUUGGUUGUGGUUCAUUUUGAUGAUUUCAUACCUUGGUAUAUUUUCUAGAGAGCCACAGACGAGAACUGUUCCACCACCGAGUUUAUUGGAAGUGCUGUAAAUAGGCUGAAUGUGUUCAUGCCGAGGGUUUAAUGUGGAGCUGGUUAGAGCUGGCUCCCUUUUCAAUAAUAGAUAGUAACAUAUUUCUUCUUCUACUGCAUUUUUUAUGCUCUAUUCAUCUGAAAGUAAUUAGAACAUAAUUAAAAAGGCUAAGGGAAAUUGUGGAGAACAUCAUUCAGGGCUAGGAGCAAUAUCAUUUGAAAAAAAAAAAUCAAAUUCCACUAUGAUAAUAUGGAGAAAUAUACAAAAAUGCAUAUUUCCCUCUGCUUUAGCUUUGCAAUGGUUAUGCUCCUAAGGGAACCUGGCAGCAGCAGGAAGCCAAUGUUAUUCUCUGUCUUGUCACAAUAUAUUGCCAGAGUGGACUUCUCCUGAUUUCCAAUCCUCUUUUUAUAGAGAACGACAGGAGACCAGUCACAAUUAAUUAGAGACAAGAGCAACAUUAACAGAGUGAGACAGAAGAUUGAUUUUCAUUAAAUGUUUAUUUAUUUGACGUCAACUGAAAUGACCUACUGUUCCAGCAGAAUGUAUGCCCAGGAGCAGCACAGUUAACAUUUCUAAUACUCACAUGACUUCUGUAACACACAAACUGUAUCUCUAGUUCAAUGCCUAAAGCCUGGCCUUGGUCAGAACGAAGCACUGCAAUUGUGUCAUGUGUGUGUUGUCUGAAAACAAAUAUGAUUUGUAAACAUUCAAUGUCAUCAUUCACCAGAAUCGUAUAUUUUAUGGCACAUAAACAUAUAACGAAAGAGAGCUAAAAACCUUUUUUUUUUAAUGAUUAGGACAAUUCAGGCAAUUGUGGCUUUACCAAAGACUGCUAUAGCAUGGAGAUAAUGAAAGUCUAUUUUUCUUGCAAUAAAGUAAUACUCUGUCCACA